AUGCUGCAUCUUUUUGUCCACAUGUGUAAGGAGGCAACUGGUCAUGGAAGCAUGUGCUUGCAUCUAAAAUUUAAAUGGCUGGCAACCUGCAAGAAGCCUUUGAAUAUAUGCAACUCUUUUUAUUCCUUUCCUGCCUCAGGAGUCAGGCGCCGUGAGGGAGGGGUGGGAUGGAGUGUGGUCUUAUCUUUGUCCUCAUGCAACUUCAUUGAACAUGAAAUUUUCACUACCAAGUUUCAGAAACAAGAUGGCGUUGUUCUGAUGGCUACAACUAGAAAUAUCAAGCAAAUUGAUGAGGCCUUACAGCGGCCUGGACGGAUGGACAGAGUAUUUUAUCUUCAACAGCCAACCCAAGCAGAGAGGGAGAAGAUUUUAUACUUAUCUGCUAAAGAAACCAUGGAUGAAGACCUUAUUGAUUUUGUAGACUGGAGAAAGGUUGCUGAGAAGACAACUCUUUUACGACCAGUAGAAUUAAAACUUGUUCCUGUUGCUUUGGAAGGUAGUGCCUUCAAGAGCAAGUUUCUUGACACAGAUGAACUCAUGAGCUACUGCAGUUGGUUUGCGACUUUUAGCGGUAUGGUUCCAGAUUGGGUUCGGAAAACCAAAAUUGCAAAGAAGAUGAGCAGGAUGAUGGUAAAUCAUCUGGGACUAACAUUGAGUAAAGAGGAUUUGCAGAAUGUGGUUGAUCUAAUGGAGCCAUAUGGUCAAAUAAGCAAUGGAAUAGAACUUCUGAAUCCUCCACUUGACUGGACAAAAGAGACCAAGUUUCCACAUGCUGUUUGGGCUGCUGGUCGUGGUCUGAUUGCUGUUCUUUUACCCAAUUUUGAUGUGGUUGAUAAUCUAUGGCUGGAGCCAUGUUCUUGGCAGGGUAUUGGAUGUACAAAGAUUAGCAAGGCCAAAAACGAAGGUUCCUUGAAUGGGAAUUCAGAAUCAAGAUCAUACCUUGAAAAAAAGCUUGUAUUUUGUUUUGGUUCAUAUAUAUCAUCCCAACUACUACUUCCAUUUGGUGAAGAAAAUUUUCUCUGUUCUUCAGAAUUAAAACAGGCUCAGGAGAUAGCUACGAGGAUGGUGAUUCAGUAUGGGUGGGGGCCUGAUGACAGUCCUGCAAUUUACUACAGUAACAAAGGGGUUACAUCUUUAAGCAUGGGGAACAGCCAUGAGUAUGAGAUGGCAGCUAAAGUUGAAAAGCUGUACGAUUUAGCAUAUCUUAAAGCAAAGGAUAUACUUCAGAAAAAUCGACGAGUUCUUGAGAAGAUUGCUGAAGAAUUGCUUGAAUUUGAGAUCUUAACUGGCAAGGAUUUAGAAAGAAUGGUUGAAGAUAAUGGUGGCAUGCGGGAGAAAGAGCCCUUUUCCCUUACCAAAGCUAGUUAUACAGAGGCUUGUUUAGAACAUUUUGAUGCAAACAACAUGGUUGCAGAAUAA